CUCUUUACUUUCCCAACGGUCCAGUGCAAAAAGAGAGCUUUCUCUGCUCAAGACUGUGAAGCGCAGAAUAGAGCAUCCACAGUUACAGCCGCUCGACCAGUCAGAAACCCAUCGCUUUCCCAAAAGCUUCCAGACCUGAGAGAGAGAUCGGAAAGGGUUGCAACCCAGUUUAACCCCCAGUGCGCUCGAACUGCAUUGGAAAAAGUAGUCAGCCUCUUCGUUCUCUCUCCGUUCCGCAGUGUUACCUCUUCGUAACCGCACUUGGCCGGAAGUGGCACAUCUUGGCAUCUGCCGUCGGGACCCCGAGCAGGUCAAGCUGUACGAGGUGGACAGCAGCUCCUCCAGCACCCCAUCACCCAUGGAGGGAGACGUGACGGACAAGCAGGAGGACAGUGCCUCCGUGUGCGAGUUUGACCCAAUCACGGGGAAUAUCCCCGCCACCAAAGUGGAGAUCUCAGUCUCUUGCAGGGACCUGUUAGAUCGAGACACAUUCUCCAAGUCAGACCCAAUGUGUGUCCUUUAUACACAAGGCGUGGAGUCCAAACAGUGGAGGGAGUUUGGGAGAACAGAAGUGAUCGACAACACACUGAACCCAGACUUUGUCAGGAAGUACAUCCUGGACUACUUCUUUGAGGAGAAGCAGAAUCUGCGUUUUGACAUAUAUGACAUCGACUCUAAAAGCCCAGACCUGUCCAAACAUCCCACCGACUUCAACCAGGACUUCCUGGGUCAGGCCUUCUGCACUCUGGGUGAGAUAGUUGGUUCGCCGGCCAGUCGCCUGGAAAAGCCUCUGGGGGGCAUUCCUGGGAAGACAUGCGGGACCAUCAUUCUCACAGCCGAGGAGCUGGGGAACUGCAGAGAAUUUGCUACUAUGCAGUUCUGUGCCAACAAACUUGAUAAGAAGGAUUUCUUUGGCAGGUCAGACCCUUUCAUGGUCUUCUACAGGAGUAAUGAGGACGGGACGUUUACCAUCUGUCACAAGACUGAGGUGGUCAAGAACACACUCAAUCCAGUUUGGCAGCCCUUCUCAAUUCCUGUCCGAGCCCUUUGCAAUGGAGAUUAUGACAGGUCUAUCAAGAUUGAAGUGUAUGACUGGGAUAGAGAUGGCAGCCAUGACUUUAUUGGGGAGUUCACCACCAGCUUCAGAGAGCUCUCGCGCGGACAGAGCCAAUUCAAUGUCUAUGAGGUGGUCAAUGCCAAAAAGAAGAUCAAAAAGCGACGCUACAUCAACUCAGGGACGGUGACCCUGUUGGCUUUCUCCGUGGAGUCUGAACACACGUUCCUGGACUACAUCAAGGCAGGCACCCAGAUCCAUUUUACAGUGGCUAUUGAUUUCACUGCUUCUAACGGUAACCCAUCCCAGUCCACCUCCCUACACUACAUGAACCCCUACCAGAUGAACGCCUACGCCAUGGCCCUGAAGGCAGUAGGGGAGAUCAUCCAGGACUACGACAGCGAUAAGAUGUUCCCCGCACUGGGCUUCGGAGCCAAGCUGCCUCCUGAUGGCAGAGUCUCACAUGAGUUCCCACUGAAUGGCAUUGUCGAUAACCCUUACUGUAAUGGAAUUGAGGGUAUUUUAGAGGCGUACCACCAGAGCCUUAAGACGGUUCAACUCUACGGGCCGACAAACUUUGCUCCAAUCAUCAACCACGUGGCUCGGUACGCCACAGCUGUGCAGGAUGGUUCUCAGUACUUCGUCUUGCUCAUCAUCACAGACGGAGUCAUAUCCGACAUGGCCCAGACCAAAGAGGCUAUUGUCAAUGGUGCUAAACUGCCCUUGUCCAUAAUCAUUGUUGGAGUUGGACAAGCCGAGUUUGAUGCUAUGGUGGAACUGGACGGUGAUGACAUCAGGAUCUCCUCACGAGGGAAGCUGGCUGAGAGAGACAUUGUUCAGUUUGUGCCGUUCCGGGACUACAUGGACCGUACAGGAAACCACGUGCUGAGCAUGGCCCGGCUGGCCAAGGACGUGCUGGCCGAGAUCCCCGACCAGCUCAUCUCCUACAUGAAGUCCAAGGGCAUCAAGCCUCACCACACCCCCACAGACUGCUCGCCGUCUACCCCUGCCUCACCUGUGGCCGUAUGAGUGAGCCCCCAUCUGUGUGCGAACGAGAUUACCUGCCCCAGGUGUGCCAACCGACAACAGCGUUUUCAUCUUUUCAUCCAGUUUCCAGCCCCUCUGCACCAAACACACACACACACACACACACACACACACAUACAGUCACACACUCACUCACUCACAUACACACACUCUCACACAAACACACGUGACUCCUACCUGUGUUUUGAGAGUCAUACAUAGCGGAUGGACGACGCUUCAGUACUGACCACAGAUCAGGGAAUUGGGGCUUUUAAGCUUUAACAUUACUGGACACUCAAGCAUUCGCACAGGAGAAGAAAGUCCAGGAGCAGAGCAUAGCAACUGGUGUCUGUCUGGGAUGGGAGCUAAGUGUUUACAUAGACCUGCAGAUGAUUAUUUAAAUGAGGAUUGCUUCAUGUGGGGUUGCAUAUGCGUUCAAUGUGACGGCUUGUUUAACGUGUGUGCAACAGGGACUUGAGGAUGUUUCUAAAACACAAGUCUAGAUGGUGACGGCGACUAGUUUUAAAAGUAUUACUUUGAUGGACAGAUUCAUGUUUAGGAUUUUCUCAUUGUAGAUGUAUAUCCCAUGAUAAGUUUUUUGUAGCUCAGAAAUGAUUAGAAGCCUCUGUACUGUAAAUACUAGUGUAAAGCAUGCCACUGUCAACACUCAACACUAUCAACUGUGCAAUAUGUCCUUUGGACUAUACUGGCUAACUAUAUCCAAUUCCAACUGAAGAAGAAUAUACCUUAUCAUGACUAAUAGUGGCAAACAUCUCAUUUAAAACAAAACAAAAAAAAUCCCUGUUUUUGUAGUGAAUGCACUGACUGCAAUUCUUACAAAAAAGCACAAUAUUAUUCUUCUAGCUGGGAUCAAUGAGUAUCACAAACCAACAUCAACCACAAUUGAGAUACAUUUCAUUAAUUUGCUUCUCAACCUUGGGCAUUAGUAAAGCAUUGUGGAAGAUGAUUGUAUUGCUACAAAACUUUCCUAUCACUAAACUCACUAAAAUGAAUAUUAUUGGAUAAUAGGCAAAAUUAUCAGUCAGAAUGACUCUUCUGUUGGUAAACUACAUUCAUAGGAUUGGUAUUACUGAUUAAUAGGUAUUCAGAUAAUAAUUAUAAUAAUUUCUGAAGAAUUUGUCACUUCAGAAUCCUUCUCUCACCAGGUUGCAGUAUUCACUAAUAUGUAUUUGAUCAAUCAGACCUGUGCAAAUGUGUCUGACAUUUAGAUUUUUGAUCUAAUAGAUCAGUAUUCAUUCUGUCUGUUUGUUUGUUUUGAAUUCACUGUUUUUAUUAUCAAACAAAGCAAUGCUCAAAAUCACAAAAACAUACAUUUCAAUACCCCCCACACCCACCCC